AUGGAGGAGGGUAUAUAUAUUGUUGUAAGAGAAUCGAAAUUAGGAUUUGACGAAGAGUAUGUUGAAAAGGGUGUUCAGAAUCCCAGCUUUGAGUGGAUUGACCACAUCAUUGGGGAGAGCAAUAUCUUUGCUCCUUGGGAAUUGGGCAAAGCAAUAGCUUUUGCUCUUUAUAUCUUGUUUGACUGUGGUAUCAGAGCUAUAGAAGGGAGCAGCUCCAAGCUUGGGACGGGUCAAGCAAGUGUCCCACUCUUCAAGGCUGAACCCUAUGGCAUUUGGAGUCUUCGUAUAAAGACUCUUCUUAGGUCCUGGGGUCUCUGGGAUUUGGUGGAGAAUGGGACCCGCUCAUCUGAGGAUGAGACUCAGGCGAAUGCACUCAUGGAGAAGGACGCGAGGGCCCUGCACUUUAUUCAACAAGCACUAGACGAGAAGAUCAUCACAAGAAUCUCUGAAGCUCAAACCGCUAAGGAAGCAUGGGAUCUGUUGAAGAUGGAGCAUCAAGGCAGCACCAAAAUGGUUACGGUCAAGCUCCACACACUGCGACAAGAGUUUGAAAUUGCUAAGAUGAAGAACAUGAAGACUACUCAAGACUAUGUGAACCGGAUUACGUCUCUUGUUUAUCGAGUUCGCCAACCGGGAGACACACUCACGAGAUCAAACAGAGUGGUUGGACCGGCACAAGACCUCACUACACUCACUGUUGAGCAACUAGGAGGCUCUCUUCGUGCUCAUGAAGCUCGACUUAAUUUAUAUGAAGACAAUAACAUUGAAGAAAAAGCCUUUGAAGCCAGAGUAACUACUGAUGACCAUGCUCAGGCUCAGUUCCGAGGUCGAGGUGCAUUCCGAGGCAGGUUCAGAGGUCAUGGACGAGGUCGAACUGACGAAGCCAGAGGCUCUCAAGGUAGCAGAGGAUUUGUUCAGUGUCAUCACUGCAAGAAAUAUGGCCACGAAAAGCCCAAUGCUGGUAUAGAGAAGAAGCAGCCGCUAAUAUAG